AUGCUGCCCUUCGAGACGCCCAGCAUCUUCGACCAGCUCCCGCGGUUCGUCUUCAAGAUGCCGCGGGUGGUCCCCGACCAGAAAGCCAAGUUCGAGUCGGACGAACUCUUCCGCAGGCUCAGCCGCGAGUGUGAGACGCGGUACACAGGAUACCGGGACCGGCCCCUGGAAGAGCGACAAGUGCGCUUCCAGAACGCCUGCCGGGAAGGACACACAGAAGUGGCGUUCGUGGCCACGGGCACCAAUCUUCAGCUCGUCUUCAGCCCCUGUCACAAUGGCUACGUGGACUGUUGCGACUUUGACAAAGAGCACGGAAAGGUCCACAUCAAAUCUAGCUUCAUCAUGAAUGGCGUGUGUGUCCGGUACCGAGGAUGGAUCGACCUGGAUCGUCUGGACGGCGUCGGCUGUCUGGAAUACGACGAGGAGAGGGGCCGGCUUGAAGACGCCGUGCUUCGAGACCAAAUCGAGUGCUACAACCAGAGGUUGCGAGACUUCGAAGAAAAGCAGAGAGCCUUCCGGGCGCGUCAUGAGAGGCAGGCCGAGGCGGAACUCGAGGCGAGAAGAAAGCACCAGGAACUCAGUCCCGACCGAGGAGGAUCGGCGAGCAACUGAGAGACACGCCGCCCACCGAAGAUCAGCCCCACCCAAAGAAGCGUCCGGCCUUUCGGAAACGAGCGAGGAAACUGCCGCUGGACGGAUUUCGAGACCACGACUGUCUCGAGGCCGUCCCGUCCCGAGGAAGG